AUGAGAAGUCUCUUCAUUUUCCUUUGUUUCAUCUCUCAUUUCGUUGUUGACGGAAUUUUGGAUGGAGAAGCAGCUAAAUGGCAUCAACAUGGGUAUCUUGUCAAGGUGUUGGCUCGUGACAAGACGACUGGUGGGAAAACACGUGGUUGUACCGGUCUCCUCGUCACGAAUUCCCUCGUCCUCACCACAAGGAACUGCGUGAUGCGUGGUGGAACGGAACUUGAUGAGUUCGUGGUGAUUCUCCCGUGGAUAAAGAGUGGUCGCAAAUCUCCCGAAUUGAUCACAAAGAAGCGACUGGGAACACUUUUGGAAGUGCUUGGGGACAAGGCUGUCAUUCAAAUGUCGCCUCUUCCUAUGCAAGAGUUGUGUCCAAAGGAUGAGCAAAAGCUCAAGAAGUCAGAGGAGAUCAAGGAUUUGCCAGAAGUGUCCAAUCGACUCGGUUUCCUCCCAUUCCGUCCUUCACUCUUCCGUGGCGCGAAAAUUGAUGACUAUCCCGAGUAUCUCGCAAAUUGUCGAGUUAUUGGAUUCGAUUCGAACACCAAUGAUUUUGCCGCUAAUCGUAAGGUUCUCCAUUUCGAUAUUGACGAUUUCCCAAGAAACGACGGGCAAAUGAUUUUGGUGGAAGUGAGUGGCAAUCGAACUGCCUGCUUGGGUGACACGGGAAUGCCAGUCGAGUGCAUGGCCAAAGGAGUCAAUCAUUACAUGCAGAUGGGCUUGAUGACACGCGCCGUUUGGCCCGAGAGUGAAGAGAGCCGAAACUGCACGGACACGACCCAUCUCGUCUUCACGCCACUCUGGGAUGAGAAUACGUUGCUCCUUUUGGAUAGAUACGAUCGUCCGGGUUUCGUGUUGGGUGAUUGGUUGUGCAAGCCGUGGUCACCACCGAAUGAGGAGCUGGAUGAGGAGGAGACUGAUGAAGAACCGGAGACAACAACGCGAUCGAGAAUCCAUCACGAUAAGCAUCGUGAGAAGAACGAGAAGAACGAAAAGAAAUCGUCUCCAAUGAUCGAUCACGACGAAUUUCAGUUCAGCACCUUGGGA